AUGAAUUCAAACGUGUCUGAGUCGUCUCCUCUCCUUCGACAUGGCAAGUCAACCUCCCAAACUACUUCCCAAGCUGCGACCGCUCAGCCAUCCAAGUCUGUAACAUUCGGCCCAACGACAAGGGGCGAACCAGCAUAUGAAGCGCAAGAUGCUGCCAAUCAGCUAAAACCUCUGCAUCCAAGUUCUCCCCCCGCCGUAAGAGGCCCUACUGGACAGCCCGUGCUGGCUGCUCUUAACAGCAAACUCCGACGUCGGCAUUCUCAAGAACCAUCGCUAGGGAUUGCUGGGAAGAUAUCUACGUUACCGAAGAUUGGCCCCCAGAGAACGACAAAGACUACCCAGAAACUCAAGCUGCUGCCAAACCCUGUCACAGGUGAAGAUGACGUAUGGGUCGAUGACGAGAUUCCAAGAGAUGUCUACUCCCAGAUAACCCGUAUCAAGGAGCCUACGGCAAGAAGAGAUGCAGCGAGACUGGGUAAAGGGGAUAGAGAGCGGCUUCCUCGUGUGACGGCAUACUGCACUGCCAAUUCGUACAAGCUAGAGAGUGUGAUUAGGUUCUUAAAGUCGAGAGCAGCGACAAGAGGCACGAAUCCAAAACUGUUCGACGAGUGCGUUUAUUCACCGUACCGUUAUGACGAUAAUGAUAAGAUGAAAGCCCCCCGUCGACGCAGCGAUGGUACCACAGAAACCUCCUUAACACCAAACAAUGACCCACGUUCCCAACUCGACCGCGGAUUCUCCGAUAGCGAACUGGAGGUUGAAUCAAAUAAAACUCAGGAGAGGGGGAAUCUCCUUGAUAUGAGUAUGAACAAUGAUGACCACCUUCAAUCCUUCUUGUCUCCGCCAUCACCUCACGCGCUAAUAACGGCUCCUUUACCUGACGAACCCCUCAUUUUAGACACGGCGAUCGAUACACCAGAAGUAUUCCUGUUUGACUACGGGACUGUGGUAAUAUGGGGAAUGACUGUAGAACAGGAAACCCGGUUUCUACACGAAGUAUCCAGAUUUGCAAACUCGGUACUGAGUGCAGAGGACAUGCAAGUUGAGAACUUCAACUUCUACUACACCCGUGACUAUCAAGCUCGAAUAUACAACGACUUCAUCUCGUUACGUGACCCUCGAAGUUACAUGACGAAGCUGGCCAUUUCACAUGCGCUCUCCCAAUCUGUCAAGACAUCCCUUUUUGAAGACCUAGUCAGCGAAACGAUUACGGCAACGUCACCACUGCCGUCGCAGAUUGCCCAAACCGGAGGUGUGAAUCUCACGCGCAGGCAGAUAAAUAUGCAGAUCGGUGAGCUUUUUAUACUUCGCAUAAAUAUUCAUCUCCAGGGGUCUGUACUUGAUAGCCCUGAACUUAUGUGGGCGGAGCCUCGGCUUGAUCCGAUUUACCAGGCUGUUCGAAGUUAUCUGGAAAUGAACCAGCGCGUGGGACUGCUCACAGAGCGGUUAGAUGUUAUAGCUGAUCUACUUGCUGUUCUCAAAGACCAGUCAAGCCAUAGGCAUGGAGAGUACCUCGAAUGGAUCGUGAUCAUUUUGAUCGGGGCCGAAAUCGUCAUCGCAGGCAUAAAUAUCAUUGUCGAUCUGUACGCAGGCCUCGAUUGA